AUGGGAGUGCCGGAAAGGGAAAUUGUUGAGGAGGUGGGCAACUUGGCUGAGAAGAGUUUUGGUCUGGCUACCUGCAGUUUGAACGAAAAAGAACUACAAGAAGUAGUAUCAAUGCUUGUUAAAAAGUUUGUAGCUGCUAAACAGGACAAACUACAACGACCUCUAAAGUUUGCUGUUGGGUUCAACCGAAGAGGAAUUGAAGAAACAACAUCUGCGAAGGAAAAUUCAAAUGACUCUAAAGGAUGUACAUUGCUGGACCGUAAUAAAUGCUUUGGUGUAGUGGCAUCUGCAGUCAAUCAUGUUGUGGAAGAUUCAGUAGUGGAUCUCAGGUCUCCAGAGCUUUCUGUGCUUGUUGAGUUGCUACCCCUUUCUGGAGUACCCAAUGGGUCCAUAAUAGUGGCUGUCUCUGUCCUCCCCAGCAACCUUGUUAGUACAAAGCCUCGACUAUGCAUCAAAGCCUUGACUUCCAAUACUAAGGAAGGCUCUGUAGCUCCAUGA